AGAAGUUGGUGGGUUUGGGCGGCGAAACAGCGAAUCUGUGGGUUAAUAUGCUUUGGUUUGUUUCUCAAUAUAUUUAACGCCGAAAAAACCAUCACUUUCUCUCUCACUUACUUCAUCAUCGUAACAUAAUUCACAUCGUUUUUUCCGCUUCCAUCUCCAACUAACGCCACCAUCAUCUGGUGAUCAUGGCAUCCUUGUCAGCUGUGAAUGUUUCCCCGCUAUGCAUGAUUCAAACUGCAAACCGCAAUCAAUCAACCAUUGCUACCACAGCGAAGUUCCCUUCAUCUUUCGGGUCUACAAAGACUUAUUCCAAAACUUGUGGCUUGAAGUCAUCAUCUUCAUAUAGAACAACUGCAAUGGCUGCUUACAAGGUUAAGCUAAUUGGACCAGAUGGAAAAGAGAAUGAGUUUGACGCCCCCGAUGAUGUUUACAUCUUAGAUGCAGCAGAGGAUGCCGGAGUUGAACUCCCUUAUUCAUGCCGUGCUGGAGCUUGCUCUACUUGUGCUGGAAAGAUUGUUUCUGGCUCGGUGGAUCAAUCUGAUGGCUCAUUCUUGGAUGAUAAUCAACUUAAGGACGGCUUUGUGCUUACCUGUGUUUCCUAUCCAACCGCAGAUUGCAUAAUUGAAACUCACAAGGAAGGGGAACUCUACUGAGAAAUGUUGGGCCCUUGAAAGUUAACACUAUUGCUUGGGGAAACCGAGAGUUUUAAGGUAGAUUUUGCAGCUGAUUUGGUUGUUCUGCUUUAGUAUCAACUUUUCUUUUGGCAUUAUUAGUUACUUGGGAUAAUGAUGAGUUUUUUAUUUUAUUUUGUGCAAGCAAGCACUGUAGUUUUUAGAUUAUAAGUUUGGCAUUUAAAUGUGAUCGAUGAUGUCAUUUUAGUCUUGAAGGACAUAAUCAACCAUUCAUAAAUUGGUCCAGAAAUUUUCACUUUCUUUUUUAAAGUAC